UUAUGGUGUUCUGUAUCUUCCACCAUGCUCACAUCUUGGAGAGGAACAGUGUCCACUCCAUGCUCAGUAGAUUCACCCUGGUGUUUGGUGGAGUGGCGGCCGUUGGGGCCUUUGUGGCUGGGAACUGCAAUGUUAGUACUCCAUGUAUUACAUACAGUAAAUAUUAUAUAAUAUAUGCCAUUUAGCAGACUCUUUUAUCCAAAGUGACUUACAAGCGACUUAGGCCUGCGCGGCUGGCUACACUGUACACAACAAUGCAGAGUUAAAAAAGAAUAAUAAAAAGACAAAGAGUAACACAAGAAGAAUAAAAUACACAAGAAUGGAGCAAUAUACAGGGAGUACCAAUACCAGAUCAAUGUGCAGAGGUACGAGGUAUUUGAAGUAGAUAUGUACAUGAAGGCAGGGUGAAGUGACUAGGCAUAUCAGGAUAGAUAAUAAUAAGAGUAAAAUAAAGAAGCAGCAGCAAAUUAUGAGUGUAAAAGUGUGUGUGUGUUUGUGUUGUCAGUAUGCGUGUGUGUGUGUCAUUGGAGGCUGGUGGGAGGAGCUAUAGGAGGAAGGCUCAAUGUAAUGGUUGGAAUGGAAUGAAUUGAACGGAAUCAAGCAUGUGGUUUCCAUAUGUUUGAUGUGUUUGAUACCUUUCCAUUCAUUCCAUUCCAGCCAUUACAAUGAGCCCGUCCUCCUAUAGCUCCUUCCACCAGACUCCACUGGUGUGUGUAUGUGUGUUUGUGUUGUGUGCAUAUGCAUAUGUAGUGUAUGUGAAUAUGUGUGGGUUUUAUCUGUGAGUGUAGUGUGUGAGUGUGUAUGUACACCACCCCGUUCACGAAAAUGGUUCACUCCUACAGACAGUGAGUCACGUGGCCGUGGCUUGCUCUAUAGAGCAGGCAGACAGGCAUUGAGGCAUUGUUACAGUUCGAUUGAACGUUGGAAUGGGCAAAACAAGUGACCUAAGCGACUUUGAGCGUGGGAUGAUCGUCAUUGCCAGGCUCGCCGGUUCCAGUAUCUCAGAAACGGCCGGCCUUCUGGGCUUUUCACGCACGACAGUGUCUAACGCUUCGAACACACCGACUGCGUAAUUGCGUUUUGGUACACCAGAAGUACAUUCAUUUCCAAUGGAACGCUGCAUUUGCCUUGCAGCAUUGCGUUGCAGUGCGUUCUGUGUGGUGCAUACGUUGGAUUUAUCGAACGUAUGCGUCAAACUGUAUGCAUAGACGGCUUGACAGAAAUGGUAGCAGAAGGCGAAUGUUGAACUUUUGUUGCACACAUAUCUAGAUGAUGCUGCAUACUAUUUUGCGCAAUGACGCAGUCGGUGUGUUCAAAGCGUAAGAUUUACAAAGAAUGGUGCGACAAACAAAAAAAAUCCAGUCAGCGGCAGUCCUGUGGGCGAAAACAGCUCAUUGAUGAGAGUUCGAAGGAGAAUGGCAAGAAUCGCGCAAGCUAACAGGCGGGCCAUAAACAGGCAAAUAACGGCGCAGUACAACAGUGGUGUGCAGAACGGCAUCUCGGAACGCACAACUCGUCAGUCCUUGUCACAGAUGGGCUAUUGCAGCAGACGACCACACCAUAUUCUACUCCUAUUAGCUAAAAUCAAGAAGAAGUGGCUCCAGUGGGUACACCGACACUGGACAAUUGAGGAGUGGAAAAACAUUGCCUGGUCCGACGAAUCCCAGUUCCUGAUGCGUCAUGCUGAUGGCAGAGUCAGGAUUUGGCUUAAGCAGCAUGAGUCCAUGGCCCCAUCCUGCCUGGUGUCAACGGUACAGGCUGGUGGCGGUGGUGUAAGGGUGUGGGGAAUGUUUUCCUGGCAACCGUUAGGUCCCUUGAUAACAAUUGAGUAACUUUUCCAUGCCCGAAGAAUUCAGGCUGUUCUGGAGGCACAUUUUAUGAACUAUUUAGCAGUCUUAUGGCUUGGGGGUAGAAGCUGUCUCGGAGCCUGUUGUUCCGAGAGCCAAUGCUCCGGUACCGUUUGCCGGACGGUAGCAGAGUGAACAGUCUAUGGCUUGGGUGGCUGGAGUCUUUAGCAAUUUAUCGGUCCAUCAUCUGACACCGCCUGAUACAGUAUAGAGGUCCUGGAUGGCAGGGAGCUCGGCCCCAGUGAUGUACUAGGCUGUCCGCACCACCAUACCAAGCGGUGAUGCAGCCAGUCAAUCGACCCUUUGGUCGCGUUCCCCUGCUCAGACGUUGCAUGCAUCAACCAAUGGUUGUGUGCCAUGUCAUCGACUGGCAGAUGAAGGGGAUUCGAUUAAUCUGGCUUGGGCACCCGGGUAGGCAUGUUUUGCACUGGGUGAAAGUUGAUUGCAUUCAUUUUGGAACCAGGUGUAAUGUCUUUGAUCUCAUGAGCUGCAUGGGAUUGGGAGGAUGAGGACAUGCCAUGUAAUUAUUUCUGUCACUGGUGGGUGACAGAAGGUCUGCGUGCCAAGAUAGCUUGGGGGCCACUUGUGUUAAUCUUAGAAUGAGUACGUGAUGGAAUAUCCUUAUUAGGGUGCGAGCUGACUGGGUUGCAAGAUGAUACUAUUGUUGUUGGGAGUGACACUCAAUAAUGGUUGGCAACUGUUGGAUGGAGUUACCUUGCAAAACCGUAUAUAAACUGAGAGAUUUUGUAUGCCUAUAAUUCGGAUGACAAUAGGCUACGCCCGUACCGCUUGUCAUGCGAAUCCGGUACUGUAAUAUUAAAUAACUCUGAACCAACUCUCCAUCUAAGUGUUUAACUAUUCUGUUACAUCCUGAAGUACUCGAUACCAGAGAAACUCGUCAUAACAAUUACAGACAGAAAUAUACCUCAGCACCCCCUCAGACGAUCCCGCAGGUGAAGAAGCCGGAUGUGGAGGUCCUGGGCUGGCAUGGUUACAUGUGAUCUGCGGUUGUGAGGCCGGUUGGACGUACUGCCAAAUUCUUUAAAACGACGUUGAAGGCGGCUUAAGGUAGAGAAAUCAACAUUCAAUUAUCUGGCAACAGCUCUGGUGGACAUUCCUGCAGUCAGCAUGCUAAUCAUACGCUCCCUCAUAACUUGAGACAUCUGUGGUAUUGUGUUGUGUGACAAAACUGCACAUUGUCCCCAGCACAAGGUGCACCUGUGUAAUGAUAAUGCUGUUUAAUCAGCUUCUUGAUAUGCCACACCUGUCAGUUGCUAUUUUGAUACGUGAGGCUUAUUUGAUCUAAUAGAAGUUUUAAAAUGCUUAGGUUGUUAUGAGUGUACUGAUAUAAGUGUGAUACAGGUGACAUCCCAGCAAUUUUGAGAAAAAACACUUAUCGGAGUUUUCCCUGUUGAAAUUCGAGACGUCUAUGCAUAUUCAUGAGGCUAGCAUACCUCAUGAAUAUUGAAUACAGGCGGUUGACGUCAACACCCCUCAUCGAAUAUUCCAAAAAGUAUUAAAAUAACGAGAUGUAUCCAUCAAUCCAAAGAGAGGAAUAGGCAGGAGCUUGACAGCCCACCCAUUGUUAGGGCGGAGACACAAGCAUCUCGUCAUUAUAUCCAGUAUCUCUGUUCAGAACCGGUCCAAUUCCCACAUAACUCCCCAAAUUUGGUUGAAAAUAUCUCUUGAGUUUCGGUUAAUGAAAUCUUGAAUUAUAAACAAAGAGAGGACUGGCAACAAAGCAAACAAACUAUCAAUGACAGGAUUGGUAGGUCUGUUACUGUGUGCAGACAUACUUACAAAUGGCAGAACAUCAGUGGAAAAGAACAAUGGGAAAAUAGACAUGUCAAUGUGUACCAUUUUGACGUUAUUUCAUAGAUGUAGACAGAUAAUUAACCUAAAAGUUUGUCAGAUGUUUUCUUCAGAAGAAGAUCAUGCAGUCUCUUGUCUUUUGUCAGCUAAAGAAGAGACCCUCUUCUUUAGCCGAGGUACCUUGUAACAGGUAUUUUCUCUGGCUCAGACUGUACUCUUUUCCUCUAACAGAAGUUCCCAGAAUGUUCGCUGUCAUUCAAACAUGUCCAACUCAGGCACAUAAUUCCAGUGAUCUCUACUCUCCUCCUUUAACAGAGGUUCCUAGAAUGUUCUCUGUCACCCAAUCAUAUCCAUCAUUGAGGAAAUCGAGUAUUGUGUGACAUAAGGUCUCUUACAAGUGCUUUGGCUUUGUCGUUUGCAGCCAGAAUAUCUAAAUGGAACCUUGUCUUAAGCCUCUCCUCUAGCUAAGGUACCUGAUACUAACUGUAACCUGUCCUCUCUCCUCCAGCCCGCAUACCUGAUGCUGGCCCAUUACCUGGGGGCUGCGGUGAGCUUCCUGUGUAUCUGUUUCUACAGCCUGCUCCUCACGGUGCUCACAGGGAAGUGUGUACUGACCCGGAUGGAGUGGUUCCUCUACCCAGCACGAGUCAUGUCUACUGUGGUCCAGAUCAUCGUCACCAUUGGCUGUAUCCUUUCACCUGCACUGAUGAACACUAUAAGCCUAACCCCUGAACCCUGAUCUUAUAACCCCUGAACCUGUUAAACUCUGCUGGGUGUGCAUACACAAUGCAAGAAAGAAUAUACAAGAAUAGGAGUGUCCUCUUCCAUACGUCUUCAACUUUGCAAACACUCACAGGUCCUGAAAGGCACAGUAUGUUCUAGGUAGUAGUGGUAUUUGAUAACAACUAGAUACCGUCCAGAACAUUGACAGUGAGGUUGCCUCUCUGUGUGUUUUGUCUGUUUACUGAUGAUUAUGUUCAAACUUCUUCGACGUCCGUGUUCCUUUGAACAUAUGUGUAGGGUUACUAUAAACAUAAACUCAAUUGUCACCCAACAACUACUGUUCACUCUCCUUGAUCUCUGACCCCGCCAGACGCCAUCUUGUUUGUACAGGAGGAAUACAAGUACAAGCACCUAGCGGCCGUGUUUGAGUGGAUACUGAGCGCCAACUUGGAGCUGUUUGAGCUCAGCUUUGCUGUGGAGUUCUGUUUCUUCUCCUCCUCCAUGUUGUCCACAUUGCUGGGGAAGAAAGAUGAGGAGAAGCCUAUCCUUCUGGCC